GAGGGAGACUCCGGGCUGCUGUACCUUCUGAAGCCCGGCAGAGAGAAAGCGUUGCUCCAACGCGUGGUGGUCUUCAGCAAGUACUGCAACUCCAGCGACAUCAUGGACCUGUUCUGCAUUGCCACUGGCCUGCCUCGGAACACGACCAUCUCCCUUCUAACCACAGACGAUGCCAUGGUCUCCAUCGACCCCACCAUGCCUGCCAAUUCAGAACGCACUCCCUACAAAGUGAGGCCUGUGCCCUCCAAGCAGCUCUCUGAGAGAGAAGAACUAAUCCAGAGCAUGCUGACCCAGGUGGCAGAGCAGUUCUCAAGAGCAUUUAAAAUCAACGAGCUGAAGGCUGAAGUUGCAAAUCACCUGGCAGUGCUGGAGAAAAAAGUCGAAUUGGAAGGACUAAAGGUGGUGGAGAUUGAGAAAUGCAAGAGUGACAUUAAGAAGAUGCGGGAGGAGCUGGCAGCCAGAAGCAACAGGACCACCUGUCCCUGUAAAUACAGUUUUUUGGAUAACAACAAGAAGUUGACACCUCGACGCGAUGUCCCCACUUAUCCCAAGUACCUGCUUUCCCCAGAGACCAUAGAAGCCCUCCGGAAGCCGACCUUCGACGUGUGGCUUUGGGAGCCCAACGAGAUGCUGAGCUGCUUGGAGCACAUGUACCACGACCUGGGCCUGGUCAGAGACUUCAGCAUCAACCCCAUCAUCCUCAAGAGGUGGCUGCUCUGCGUGCAGGACAACUACAGGAACAACCCUUUCCACAACUUCCGGCACUGCUUCUGUGUGGCACAGAUGAUGUACAGCAUGGUCUGGCUCUGCAGCCUCCAGGAGAAGUUUUCCCAAAUGGAUAUCUUGAUCCUAAUGACAGCAGCCAUCUGCCAUGAUCUAGACCAUCCAGGAUACAACAACACGUACCAGAUCAACGCCCGCACGGAACUGGCCGUCCGCUACAACGACAUCUCCCCACUGGAGAACCACCACUGUGCCGUGGCCUUUCAGAUCCUUGCCCAGCCCGAGUGCAACAUCUUCUCCAAUGUGCCUCCAGAGGGGUUCAAGCAGAUCCGACAGGGGAUGAUCACGUUAAUCCUGGCCACUGACAUGGCAAGACAUGCAGAAAUUAUGGAUUCUUUCAAAGAAAAAAUGGAGAAUUUUGACUACAGCAACGAGGAGCACAUGACCCUGCUGAAGAUGAUUUUGAUAAAAUGCUGUGAUAUCUCUAACGAGGUCCGUCCCAUGGAAGUUGCAGAGCCCUGGGUGGACUGUUUGUUAGAAGAAUAUUUUAUGCAGAGUGACCGUGAGAAGUCAGAAGGCCUUCCUGUGGCCCCGUUCAUGGACCGAGACAAAGUGACCAAAGCUACAGCCCAGAUUGGGUUCAUCAAGUUUGUCCUGAUCCCGAUGUUUGAAACGGUGACCAAGCUCUUCCCCGUGGUUGAGGAGCUCAUGCUGCAGCCCCUCUGGGAGUCCAGAGAUCGGUACGAGGAGCUGAAACAAAUCGACGAUGCCACGAAAGAGCUGCAGAAGGAGACCGGGAGCUUGACGUCGGGGGCCACCGAAAAGCCCAGAGAGAAAAGCAGAGAUGUGAAAAAAAGCGGAGACUGUGUCUGAAGAAGACAGGAGUGUGGGCUGCCUUCCAGGCCACGCUGGCUGAGCCUCGCGGACCGUCUGUGCAGGAACCGUCACUCUGGGCGCCUGGCACCACAAGACCACAUUUUCUAGGAACCAUUUUGUUCACUGAUACAAAAAAAAAAAGGAAUUCAUGAUGCUGUACAGAAUUUUUAUUUUUAAACUGUCUUUUAAAUAAUAUAUUCUUAUACAGAAAUGGGUACUGUACUCUUUUUUGGUGGAGUUGUGUUUCCCGGUGCUGCUUCUGAGAAGUUCUCACGUGGACACAAAGGACACGGUGCUUUUUUUCACAGACGUGUCUUAGAAGAACUGACCAGUGCAAUGUGAUGCAUAUGUCUGUGUAAAUUCAGCAUUAAAUGUCAGAACGGUGCCAGAGCACAAGGACACAUGCAUGUCCUGUGUUUAUGAGCAGAGCGAGGCAUCGGUGCCAUGUGUGGGAGACUGGGGGACUGACAGGCUGGUCAGCCUACCUAGACUGUAGGCAUGUGUCAGAGCAAAUGCAUGCACGAUUGGGGGGACACACAGGGUGGGGCACUCAUGUACCGGGAGAUGGGGGUUUAACAUUUAAAUCCUCAGAUAAUAAAAAAAAGAUGCGUUUACGCA